UGAUACGUGACGCUCGCUCUCCCCAGCCGUCGCUACAACCUUUAUUUACAGCCUCACCUCGAGGCAUCUCUCCACCAUUGCUUUUUCUGCCAUUUUAACCCCGCCCGCCUCCUCUUCACUCGUAUCGUUAUUCCCUCCUGUCCGUCCCGUUCUGGCUGUACGCGUCCUCCCUGCCUGUCUGUACUGCGCCGCCGCCGGCCGGUCUGGCCCUCAGCUCGCAUCUCGGGGACAUGUCGAAGAAAAUUGUGGUGAAGCUGGAGGUGAACAGCGGUAAGGAUAAGCAGAAGGCCAUGAAGGCCGUCUCGGCGCUCGUCGGCAUAGACGCGCUGUCCGUGGACAUGGCCACCCGCAAGAUGACGGUGGUCGGCAUGGUGGACCCGGUGGACGUGGUGAGCAAGCUGCGCAAGGGGUGGUCGGCGUCCAUCGACUCGGUCGGCCCGGCCAAGGAGCCCGAGAAGGAGGGCGAGAAGAAGGACGGCGCCGACGCCAAGAAGGAAGGGGAGGGGGAGAAGAAGGACGGCGACGGCAAGGACGGGGCCAAGAAGGGCGACGGCGAGGCGAAGCCGCCGCAGCCGACGGAGGAGCAGCUCAUGGCCGAGUUCAUGAACCAGUACAGGUCGGCUUAUUCGGCCUACCACAACCCCUACAUGAACAGCCACUACGUGGUGCAGAGCAUGGAGGAGAACCCCAACUCCUGCACCAUCUGCUAAGAACGCGACCGCUGCGUGAUGUGAUUGUGCCAGAGUACGUGUGGUACAAAGACGCUGCUUGCUCUCUUCUCGCGUGUAUGCCGUUUCUGUGCAGAAUGCAGUUAUGGGCAGGGAGGCCAUUCACGUGGAAAACUUUGCUGUAUGGGACAAUUAUAACUGUAAUGACCUGUGACGGCAAUUUUCUUUAAAUAUGUACUCCCACCGUAAAGAAAUAUAAGAGCGUUUAGAAUACAUAUUAUGAAAA